CUGCCUCUCUCAACAUGCCGGCCCCGCCCUCCGCCGCCACACUUCCGGCGGGGCUGCGACCACAGAGGGGCGCGGGCGGGCGGCGCCGCUGGGGGUGGCGAGAUAGGCUGGGCGCGGCCGACGCUGCGGACCCGCUGCUGCUGCCCAGGUCCGUGCGGCCGAGGGCCUUCCGUCCCGUCGGCGCCAUGGGCAAUUGCCACACGGUGGGGCCCAACGAGGCGCUGGUGGUUUCAGGGGGCUGUUGUGGUUCCGACUAUAAACAGUACGUGUUUGGCGGCUGGGCCUGGGCCUGGUGGUGUAUCUCCGACACUCAGAGGAUUUCCCUAGAGAUUAUGACGUUGCAGCCCCGCUGCGAGGACGUAGAGACGGCCGAGGGGGUAGCUUUAACUGUGACGGGUGUCGCCCAGGUGAAGAUAAUGACGGAGAAGGAGCUCCUGGCUGUGGCCUGUGAGCAGUUCCUGGGCAAGAAUGUGCAAGACAUCAAGAAUGUCGUCCUACAGACCCUAGAGGGGCAUCUGCGCUCCAUCCUUGGGACCCUGACUGUGGAGCAGAUUUAUCAGGACCGAGACCAGUUUGCCAAGCUGGUGCGGGAAGUGGCAGCCCCUGAUGUUGGCCGCAUGGGCAUCGAGAUCCUCAGCUUUACCAUCAAGGAUGUGUAUGACAAAGUGGACUAUCUAAGCUCCCUGGGCAAGACACAGACUGCAGUAGUCCAGAGAGAUGCUGACAUUGGUGUGGCCGAGGCUGAGCGGGACGCAGGCAUCCGGGAAGCUGAGUGCAAGAAGGAGAUGUUGGAUGUGAAGUUCAUGGCAGACACAAAGAUUGCUGACUCCAAGCGAGCCUUUGAACUGCAAAAGUCAGCCUUCAGUGAGGAGGUCAACGUGAAGACUGCCGAGGCCCAGUUGGCCUAUGAACUUCAGGGUGCCCGAGAGCAGCAGAAGAUCCGGCAGGAAGAGAUUGAGAUUGAGGUCGUGCAGCGUAAGAAGCAGAUAGCUGUAGAGGCGCAGGAAAUCCUGCGCACUGACAAGGAACUCAUUGCCACAGUGCGCCGCCCUGCUGAGGCCGAGGCCCACCGCAUUCAGCAGAUUGCUGAGGGAGAAAAGGUGAAGCAAGUCCUCUUGGCACAAGCAGAGGCUGAGAAGAUCCGCAAAAUCGGGGAGGCAGAGGCAGCAGUAAUUGAGGCGAUGGGCAAGGCAGAGGCUGAACGGAUGAAGCUCAAGGCUGAGGCCUACCAGAAAUAUGGGGAUGCAGCCAAAAUGGCCUUGGUGCUGGAGGCCCUACCCCAGAUUGCUGCCAAAAUCGCUGCCCCCCUGACCAAAGUUGAUGAGAUUGUGGUCCUCAGUGGGGACAACAGUAAGGUGACAUCAGAAGUGAACCGGCUGCUGGCAGAGCUGCCUGCCUCUGUGCACGCCCUCACUGGUGUGGACCUCUCAAAGAUACCCCUGAUCAAGAAUGCCACCGGUGCACAGGUGUGAGGCUCUUGUAGACCCACACCCUUCCGCAGCUGCCCACCCCUCCUCCAGCACCCGUUUUAAUACCACAGGAACACCACAGGGACAACAGGAACGUUACUGACUCUGGUGCCUUAUUUUGUAGGGACCAGAAGUGCUGCGUGUUCAAGCCAUCUCUGACUGUCUUCCCUUUCUUGUCUGUCUACACUUCCUCUUCUCUACUCCAUGCCCUCACUUUCACUGCCACAUUCAUCUAAUUUGUCUUUUCUACUCUCAUCUCCCUGUGUGUCUCUUCUUCUAAUUGUCUUUUUCUCUCCCCCUUUCCUGCCACCCCCUGCAUACAUCAUGUAGUUAAAGUUGAAGAUACUGUUUAUUGUAAUCACUGUCUGUCUCUGCGGGGUGGCCCUGCUGCUCCUCAGAAUCCUGGUGCCUUGAAGUUCUUCAUAUAUCUAUCCUCCCUGUGGCCCUAGCCAGAGCCCAGCAUGGGUGCAGGGGUUCUGGGUAGAACAGCCACUCUCCCCUCUCCUCGUCUGGCUUCCCAGCCCUAAGCCCUGCUCCCAGGAAGCCCACAGCCCACCCACUCCUGCCCUUCCAGGCCAGAGUAUCCAUGGCCUGCAGGGCCUAGGGCCAUUGCCCAUCACUUCAUCCCUCCCCAGGCCCAGGCCUCCUCUCACAUCUCUUUCUCUUCCCCACUCCAGGGGCACAGGGGCAAGGCCUCCUGUCUAUAGCAGCUCCCUCAGUUUACUACUGCCUUAGGAGGCCCUGCUUGUGCUCAGGGAAGUCCCCCUCAUUGGCAUGUCCCUGCUAGGUGGGGUGGAUCUUGGUCCCAACUCUGCUAAGCCUUUCUGGGGUCGAGGUCUAGCCCUGUUGGGGACAGGAAAAUGUAUAAACCCUCUUCCUGCUAGUGCUGUGCUGUCCUGGGUAUGGGGCUCUUCCAGUGAGCAAGACUGUGCCAACCCUGUACAGAAUCAAUUGCUGUGUGACUGGCCAAACCCUAUUCCCCUUAUGCCAUCUUUCUUCCUGGCCAGAGUGAUGGGGUUCCAGCCAUGGGAAGCAGUUCAGUUCUCUCUCCUUGUGCCAAAGGAGGCAGAAGAGCCCGGGGCCCAAGCAUCCUAACACAGGUGCUGUGGGUAUCCCAUGGUCCUAGUCCCCACUCCUGGCCCUGCCCCAGCCUGUGUAGCUGUUCUGCAUGUGGAUGCUGCAUGUCUGGUCUGGGGCUUGGAUGUUGCACUGCCCCACUGCCUGUCUCCUCUGGUAAAAUAAAGAUCUCUUAUGCCC